GCUUGAGCCAUCGCCCCUUUGCAGUCGUCCGACUUCCCCCUGUGUCUACGGACCAAUAAUUGCUGCGUCUGGACAACAUUCUCACGCCGAAUUUUCCGGCAUCACUUCAACAUCAUGACAUCCCUUAUCAACUUGCUGCUACUGUGGAGCCUUGUUGCCCGCAUAGCUCUACCAGCUCCUACGAGCUUUUCCACAAGAGACUCAUGUCUAAUCUCAUGCACCACCUCCCCAAUCCCCCCAAAGCAAGACCCCUGGUACAUCACUCCGCCCGAAUCUCUCAACACCCCUCCGCCCGGCACCAUACUCCGCAUCCGCAAAGCGCCAGGGAGCCUCACCUCCAUAAUAUCCAACAGCUCAGCAGCCUACAACAUCCUCUACCGCACAACCGACAGCCAGUACCAGCCCACCUGGGCGGUCACCACCCUUUUCGUGCCCAAAAGCACUACAUCCGCCCCGGGAAAGACCCUGCUCUCCUAUCAGAUACCAUAUGACUCCCUAAACCUAAACGCCAGCCCUAGCUACUCUCUAUACGCCAGCCCCGCGCCAAGCGUGGUAAGUCUCGCCCUCGGCCGCGGCUGGCAUGUCGUGGUGGGUGACUACGAGGGCCCCAAGGCCUCGUUCACAGCGGGCGUCAUGUCUGGCCAUGCUGUUCUCGAUGGAGUCCGUGCCGCUUUGUCGGCAGAAUGUCUCGGCACCUUUGGCUUGAGCUCAAAUGCAAAAUAUUCCAUGUUUGGAUACUCGGGCGGUGCGCUAGCCGUGGAAUGGGCAGCCGAGUUGCAGGGCUUAUACGCGCCCGACUUGGAAUUCGCGGGGGCCGCACUGGGAGGCUUAACGCCAAAUUUGACCAGGGUGCGGGAUGCUGUUGAGGGAGGGCCGAAUGCGGGAUUGUCUCCUUUAUCUAUCGUUGGCAUCACAAGCCAGUAUCCCGCCGCGAGGCAAUACGUGGUCAGCAGGCUGAAGACGAGCGGGCCGUACAACGCGACGACUUUUCUGGGUGUCGAGAACGGGACUUCGACAGCUGCGACAUUCGCGUAUCAAAAUAUCUCUGACUAUUUCGUAGGCGGCAUGGCAGACUUCAAUGUGCCCUUAUUAAAUGAAGUUGUGUGGAGAGAUGGCAUUAUGGGCUAUCACGGAGUUCCAAAGAUGCCGCUUUUCGUGUACCAAGCCAUUAACGUCCCACACCCACAUCCGGGACACCCCCACAUGUGGGACACCCAAAAAUGCCUCAUCAACACCGCUAGCCUCUAA